AUGACCGACAAUGAGCCUCGCCAGCUGCUGCCCGAGACCGAAUCGCAUCAGCGUCUGUCGGCCAAGCUAGGCGCCUCGCGUCCGCCUCCGCCGCGCAGUCGCAGCCGGGUCAACCAAUCGUCCACGUCCAAGCAGCAGUCGUCCAAAUCGGCCGCCUCCGACCAUGACGAUGCGCAGAACAAUCCAGCUGAGCCCGACUCUGCCGAGGCGUCGGAUGCGCCGGAUCACCAAGCAUCGCCCGAGCUCGAGGCUAGCGGCAGCGCGUCGCCCGUCCGCAUGACCGUGCAGCGCGCCGUGUCGGGAACGUCGAUUCGGAGCAGCCGAUCGGUCGGCGCCGUGUCGGACAUUCCGAAGGAGGAGAUCGAAAAGGCGCUCGAGGGACUCGACCGCGACGAUCUCGUGCUGGCGUUGGGGCGUGCCAAAGUGCAGAUGGACGAGAUCGAGGCGCGGCUCGAGGAGCAGGUGCUCGACAACGAGACGCUGCACGGCUCCACCGCCUCGCUCACUCAGCAGCUCGGCCAGGCCGAACACGAGGUGCAGUCGCUCCACUCGCUCGUCAAGCAGCGCGAAGACCGCAUCGACGAGAUGAUGCUCGAGCAGGAGCGCAUCGAGGGCGAGGUCUACUCCACCAUGCAGAUCAUCGAGCGUCUGCGCAAGCAGCUCGCCGACUCCGAACGCGGCCGCAACGACGCAGAGAAGCGCUACCUCGACCAGACCGCCACCAUGGACAAGGAGCGCCAGUACUACAUGGACACCGAGGCGCUCCUCAAGUCGCAAAAGGCAACCCAGUCCGCCGCCUACGAGAAGCUCCUCACAAGUCACAACGAGCUGCUCCGAGAGCACGAACGCCUCACCAACAACCUCGCCUCCAUCAAGGCCAAUGGCGCCGCCGUCGACGCCGCCUCGCCAAUCACGACGCACAAAGACCUCGCGCAGGGCUCCGCACACACGUCCCACGACUCGUCGCUUCAAGACGACUCGAUCGACUCUGCUCUCCCUGCCGCAGACACCGACGCUGCAGCCUCGCAGUCACACGCGAAUCGUAGCCGCGGCGCGCAAACCAAAGCAGCUACCUUUGCCGACGAAAGGGACAUGGCUACCAUGAUCGAGGAACUCUCGACCCUCCAAAAGUCGCACUCUUCGCUCUCCGAAACCAUGGUUACACUACAGGCCGAGCUCAAGGAUGUGCGUGCAGAGAACGUCUCGUUGCGCGACCAGAACGAGACCUUCAUGGACAUCCUCCAGGAGAAGACCUUCAGCGGCGCGCUGCUCAACGAGAGCGCUAUGCUGCGCGGCAUGCGAUCCGCCUCCUUUGGCCGACUCCGUGCCCAGGACGGCCUGCUGGAUCCCUACGACGACGAAGACCAAGACGACGACGACGACGACGACUCGCUCGACGUGGACGACAGCGCCGACGACAGCGCAGCAGGCGGCUCUUCCGUCGCUUCGCAAGCCAUACCCGAGGAGGACGAGGAUGAGGUGGACGACGUGCCCGACACGCCCAAGGCGCCGCCCAAGCCCAAGCUCAAAGCCUCGCGCAGGAAGCGCGCCGACUCGAGCGCUGCUCCGCUGCCGACGGCCGAUCUUGCAUCCGAGCUCGAAGGCAGCAGCGCGCAGCUACUUGCCAGUCCGGACGACCGAGGCGCCAGAGAAAGGCGCUCGCCGAGCCAGCGCUUUGGCGUCGUCUCGGACAACCUGGGCGAACUGCAGAAGGAGGUGCGCGAGCUGCGCGAGGCCAACCAGGCGCUCACCCUGUACAUCUCCAAGAUCAUCGACCGCAUCAUCGCACGCGAAGGCUACGAGAAUAUCCUGGCCGUCGAGAGUCGUGGCACAGUCCGUGGACCACGCCACAAGGCCUCUCGUGCCAAGCUUGCGCAGAGCGCCCCGGCUCCGGGUAGCGGCAAGACCGAGGCAGCGACGAAAGCCAGCAGCGCCGCGGGCGCGGAUGCUUCGGGUCAAGCAAGCGGUCUGUUUGGCUUUGGCGGCGCAUCCAGCCGGUCGGCGUCGGACGCGAGUCGGGCUUCGGCGCCGCCCAAGAGCAAACGCGCGUCGUCGAUCGACUGGCGCAGCUUGCCGUUCCUGGGCGGUGGCGGUGGUGGCAGCGGUGGCGCGGCGGCAGGCGAGACGAGCUCCAACCCGCGCCCUCUGACGUUGCAAUCGGACAACCUGCUCAUCCCGCCUCGCGAUGCGUCUGCACGCAAGCUGCGUACGAGCGAGGAGAUGGAGGACGAGCACGACGUUGCCGAGCGCGAGCGCAUCCGCAAGGAGCUCCUCUCGCGCGGCAUCCAGCCUCCCAAGCAUCAGCUCGUGCAGAGCCCCACGAGCCCGCGUAAGCAGCGCCCGCAGAGCGCGUCGGCCGCGAGUGGCUCGGGCGGCUUCGCUGCCUUCUUCUCGCGCGUCGUGGGCGGCGCGAGCUCCAACGUGCUUGCGAGCCCGGGCCAGUCGGAUACGCAGUCCCAGGCGUCCACCACGCCGGGUGGGUCGUUGGACACCGGCUUUGAGCGCGCGGUGUCGUCGACGCCGGCGGGCGACGCGGGCAGGCGCGAGGCCGAGCGCACGCGUGCGCUCCAGCUGUCCGAAGGCGGCUCGAGCGUGACCAAGCUCAGCAGUGGGCCGGGGAUCGCGUCCAAGGCUCGGCAGCUGCGUGCGGAGCGCCACCAGCAGACGCUGGAUAUCGCCGCCGACAGUGCGGGGUAUCCGUUCCCGUCGUCGACGCAGAGCAGUGCAGCCGCGAGUCGCGCCACGAGCGGAUCCAACAGCGCAGCCGAUAGCUCGAUCUGGGAAACGUCGAUUGCGGGCGACGAGAGCUACACCCUGCCACCGCCGCCCGGUGAGGGAGCGGGCGGUGCGAGAGGCGAAGUCGAAUCGGUCGACUCGCCGCUCGUGGGGUACGGAGGGGGAUUGCCGCCGCUGCCGCACGAGACGACGGGCGAUGAGGAUCCCGAGGCGUUCCGAUCGCCGUCUUUGGCGCAGAAGCCGCUGCCCGCUGCGAGUCAGGACCAGGGAUGGAAGCGCGCAUUCCGAAGGAUCAGCCUGCUCAGUCCCACCGCCACUCCGGCGCAGCCAGGUGCGGGCUCGGGCGAUGAACAGGCGCCGGAUGAGCUCGGUGCCGCGAGCUCACAGUCACCAGCCGAGGGAGCCAACGGCAACAGCAACGUGUAG